AUGGGUGAUACAGAGAAGUGUAACACUGAAAUGAUCCAAAGACUCCAUUCAUCAUUCGGAACAUCGUCUUCUUCGAUUCCUAAACAUCCCAUUUCCAUGAAUCAACAACAGCUCGAAAUUCCUCAGAUAAACCCUAAUUUCAUCCCUCAAUUCUCUCAACCUCGAAUCGCCGUACUCCCACCGACUUCUCCGUAUUCUCAGAUCCCGACGACCCGACCACCCGGUUACAACCCCAACCCGAACCCGGUCGGAGCUAAUCAUUCACGGUCAAUGUCACAACCUUCCUCUUUCUUCUCCUUUGAUUCGUUACCUCCUUUAAGCCCUUCUCCGUUUCGUGAUCAUGACGUCUCCAUGGAGGAUAGAGAUUCAUGUGGGUUUAACAAGAACUUGCCUCCUUCUCCGUUCACGAGAUGUAACUCAACUUCUUCAAGAAUCGUCGGUGGUGGUGGUGGUGAGAGUUUACCUCCGAGGAAGUCUCAUAGACGCUCCAACAGUGAUAUUCCAAGUGGGUUUAAUCCGAUGAAUUUGAUUCCUCCAAGACCAUUGGAGAGAUCGAUCUCUGGUGGGGAAUGUAGUGAUUGGUCAAAGGCUAAUCCUUUUGUGAAGAAGGAAUGUGAAAGAGAAGGUGUUGGUGAGAGAGAAGCAAUGGAUGAUCUCUUCUCAGCUUAUAUGAAUCUUGAAAACAUUGAUGUGUUGAAUUCUUCUGAAGCUGAUGAUAGUAAGAACGGUAAUGAGAAUAGGGAAGAUAUGGAGAGUAGUAGAGCGAGUGGGACUAAGACUAAUGGUAGUGAUACAGAAGGAGAGAGUAGUAGUGUGAAUGAGAGUGGUGGUAAUAAUCAUACUAGCUUGAAUUCUUCGGGGGAGAAGCGAGAAAGCGUGAAGAAGAGGAGAGCGGGAGGAGGAGAUAUUGCUCCGACGAGUAGACAUUAUAGGAGUGUUUCAGUUGAUAGUUGUUUCAUGGAGAAGUUGUCUUUUGGCGAUGAAUCGCUAAAGCCGCCUCCUUCUCCUGGAACUUUGUCGCGCAAAGUUUCGCCUACCAAUUCUGUUGAUGGGAAUUCGGGUGCUGGUUUUAGUAUUGAGUUUAAGAACGGUGAGUUUACUGCAGCGGAAAUGAAGAAGAUUAUGGCAAAUGAUAAACUAGCUGAGAUGGCAAUGGCUGACCCUAAGCGUGUCAAAAGAAUCUUGGCGAACCGUCAGUCUGCAGCGCGGUCAAAGGAGAGGAAGAUGAGGUACAUAGUGGAAUUGGAACACAAAGUGCAGACUCUUCAGACUGAGGCUACUACAUUGUCUGCUCAGCUCACGCUUUUGCAGAGAGAUAUGAUGGGGUUGACAAACCAGAACAAUGAGCUGAAGUUUCGUCUUCAAGCAAUGGAGCAGCAAGCUCGACUUCGUGAUGCUCUGAACGAAGCACUGAAUGGGGAAGUCCAGCGACUGAAACUGGCAAUCGGUGAGAGCAGCCAGAACGAGCCUGACAGAUCAAAGAUGCAAUCACUCAACGCGGAGAUGUUCCAGCAACUGAACAUCAGCCAGUUAAGACAACAGCCACAGUCUCAACAGAACCAGAAUGUAACCAUGGCAACAAAACCUGAAUCAAAUGAAUAG